AUGAGUGGGAUGGGAGAAAAUACCUCUGACCCAUCCAGAGCAGAGUCAAGAAAGCGCAAGGAUCCCGAUCAGCUCGGACCCAGCCCUAAAAGAAGCACUGAAAAACGCAAUCGUGAGCAAGAGAAUAAAUACAUAGAAGAACUUGCAGAACUGAUUUUUGCAAAUUUUAAUGAUAUUGACAACUUUAACUUUAAACCUGACAAAUGUGCAAUCUUGAAAGAAACUGUGAAGCAAAUUCGUCAGAUAAAAGAACAAGAAAAAGCAGCAGCAGCUAAUGAAGAUGAAGUGCAAAAAGCAGAUGUAUCAUCUACGGGUCAGAGUGUCAUUGACAAGGAUGCACUUGGACCAAUGAUGCUUGAGGCCCUAGAUGGGUUCUUCUUUGUAGUGAACCCAGAAGGUAACGUUGUGUUUGUUUCUGAGAAUGUGACACAGUACCUAAGGUACAACCAAGAGGAGCUGAUGAACACAAGCAUAUAUAGCAUCCUGCAUGUAGGGGACCACAAUGAAUUUGUCAAAAUCCUGCUGCCAAAAUCUUUAGUGAAUGGGGGAUCCUGGUCUGGUGACACUCCUAGGCGUAAUAGCCAUACCUUUAAUUGUCGGAUGCUGGUAAAACCUCAUACUGAUUCUGAAGAAGGCCAUGAUAACCAGGAAGCACAUCAGAAAUAUGAAACUAUGCAGUGCUUUGCUGUCUCUCAACCAAAUUCCUUCAAGGAGGAUGGUGAAGAUUUGCAGUCUUGCUUGAUUUGUGUUGCAAGAAGAGCUCCAAUGAAGGAAAGGCCACUUCUUCCUUCGUCAGAGAGCUUUACUACUCGCCAGGAUCUACAAGGCAAAAUAACUUCAUUGGACACAAGUACCAUGAGAGCAGCUAUGAAACCUGGCUGGGAAGAUUUGGUGAGAAGAUGCAUUCAGAGGUUUCAUUCACAGCAUGAGGGAGAAAUAUCUUUUGCCAAGAGGCAUCACCAGGAAGUGCUGAGGCAGGGACUAGCGUUUAGUCCUGUUUAUCGGUUUUCCCUGUCUGACGGCACUAUCGUUUCUGCCCAAACGAAGAGCAAACUCAUCCGUUCUCAGACAACUAGUGAACCUCAGCUUGUAAUCUCCUUGCAUAUGCUUCACAGAGAGCAGAAUGUUUGUGGAAUGAAUCAGGAUUUGACUGGACAAGGAAUGGGGAAGAUCCUGAACCCAAUUAGCUCCAGCAGCCCUGCCCAUCAGGCCAUGUGCAGUGGGAACCCAGGUCAGGAUAUGACCAUCAGUAGCAAUAUAAAUUUUGCCAUAAAUGGCCCAAAGGAACAAAUGGGCAUGCCAGCAGGCAGGUUUGGCAGUUCAGGGGGAAUGAACCAUGUGUCAAGCAUACAAGCAUCCACUCCUCAGGGUAGUAACUAUGCACUAAAAAUGAACAGCCCCUCACAAAGCAGCCCCGGCGUGAACCCAGGGCAGCCAAACUCUAUGCUCUCCCCAAGGCAUCGUGUGAGCCCUGGAGUGGCAGGAAGCCCUCGUAUCCCACCCAGUCAGUUCUCCCCUGCAGGAAGCUUGCAUUCACCCGUGGGAGUCUGCAGCAGCACAGGAAAUAGCCAUAACUACACCAACAGCUCCCUGAACGCGCUUCAGGCCCUCAGCGAGGGCCACGGCGUUUCUCUCGGGUCGUCGUUGGCUUCACCAGACCUAAAAAUGGGAAAUUUACAAAAUUCCCCUGUGAAUAUGAAUCCCCCCCAGCUAAGCAAGAUGGGAAGCCUGGACUCUAAAGACUGCUUUGGACUAUAUGGGGAGCAACCGGAAGGUACAACUGGACAAGCAGAGAGCAGCUGCCAUUCAGGAGAACAGAAGGACAGUAGCGAUAGCAACGUGCCACCGGUCGUCAGUGGUGAGAGACCUGAUGGACAGAAUAAACUGCACGAUGGAAAAAGCCAGACAAAGCUCUUACAAUUGCUGACCACCAAAUCGGAUCAGAUGGAGCCUUCGCCUUUGUCCAGUACCAUGGCAGACGUUAGCAAGGACUCCACGGGAGGGUUGCCUGGGUCUGGUUCGACACACGGAACCUCGCUCAAGGAGAAGCAUAAAAUUUUGCACAGACUAUUGCAGGACAGUAGUUCUCCUGUAGAUCUGGCCAAGCUCACAGCAGAGGCCACAGGCAAAGAACUGAACCAGGAGUCCAGUAGCACAGCUCCUGGUUCGGAGGUGACUGUUAAACAGGAGCCAGUGAGUCCUAAGAAGAAUAAUAAUGCACUACUUCGCUACUUGCUAGAUAAAGAUGAUACUAAAGAUAUUGGUUUACCAGACAUACCCCCAAAACUGGAGCGGUUGGACAGUAAGACAGACCCUUCCGGUAGCACAAAGUUAAUAGCUAUGAGGACAGAAAAAGAAGAGAUAAGCUUUGAGCCUAACGAACAGCCAGGCAGUGAACUGGAUAACUUGGAGGAGAUUCUGGAUGACCUGCAGAACAGCCAGCUGCCGCAGCUUUUCCCAGAUAGCCGCCCAGGCGCACCGGCGGGCUCGGUCGACAAGCAAGCCAUCAUCAAUGACCUCAUGCAGCUCACCAGUGACAGCAGCCCCGGCGCGGCUGUGGCCACCCAGAAACCGGCAAUGAGGAUUUCACAGAGCACUUUUAAUAACCCACGAGCAGGGCAACUGGGCAGGUUAUUACCAAACCAGAAUUUACCACUUGACAUCACACUGCAGAACCCAACAGGUGCAGGAACUUUCCCACCCAUAAGAACGAGUAGCCCCUAUUCAGUGAUACCUCAGCCGGGACUGAUGGGCCGGAAUGAAGGGAUGAUAGGAAGUCAAGGAACUUUAGGCAACAGUGGCACAGGAAUGAUCGGUGGCAAUGCCCCUCGGCCUGCCAUGACAUCUGGAGAUUGGGGAAGCCAAGCUCCUGCUGUGAGGGUGACCUGUGCGCCCACAGCUGGUGCCAUGACCAGGCCGGUGCAAGCAGGCAUGAUCCGCAACCCCACGGCCAGCAUCCCCCUGAGACCCAGCAACCAGCCUGGCCCGAGGCAGAUGCUUCCAUCUCAGGUCAUGAAUAUGGGGCCGUCCGAAUUGGAGAUGAACAUAGGAGGACCUCAGUAUAGCCAACAACAGGCACCUCCAAAUCAGACUGCGCCAUGGCCAGACAGCAUCUUGCCUAUAGAUCAGGCAACUUUUGGUAAUCAAAACAGGCAACCAUUUGGCAGCUCACCAGACGAUCUCUUAUGUAAUCAUCCUUCAUCAGAGUCACCAAGUGAUGAGGGUGCUCUCCUGGAUCAGCUCUACAUGGCAUUAAGGAAUUUUGAUGGUUUAGAAGAAAUCGACAGAGCUCUAGGAAUACCAGAACUGGUUAGCCAGAGCCAAGCUGUCGACCCGGACACCUUCCCCAGCCAGGAGUCCAGCAUCCUGAUGGAGCAGAAGGCUCCGGUCUUCUCCCAGCAGUACGCGGCUGCGGCGGCGCAGGCUCAGAUGGCUCAGGGCAGCUACGCCCCAAUGCAGGACCCGAACUUCCAUCCCAUGGGGCAGCGGCCCGGCUACGCAGCCCUCCGGAUGCAGCCCCGGCCCGGCCUCCGGCCCACCGGCAUCGUGCAGAACCAGCCGAACCAGCUGCGGCUCCAGCUGCAGCACAGGCUCCAGGCACAGCAGAAUCGGCAGCCACUGAUAAAUCAGAUCAGCAGUGUCUCCAAUAUGAAUCUGUCUUUGAGACCUGGAGUGCCAACACAGGGCCCUAUCAAUGCACAGAUGCUGGCGCAGAGGCAACGGGAGAUCCUGAGCCAGCAGAGGCAGCAGCAGCAACAGCAGCAGCAGCAGCAGGUCCAGCAGCGGACACUGAUGAUGCGAGGGCAGGGCUUGAGCAUGACCCCCAGCAUGGUGGCCACCGGUGGCAUACCAGCAACCAUGAGCAAUCCACGGAUCCCGCAGGCAAAUGCACAGCAGUUUCCCUUUCCUCCAAACUACGGUAUUAGUCAGCAGCCAGAUCCAGGCUUCACAGGGGCCACAACUCCUCAGAGCCCACUGAUGUCCCCAAGACUGGCUCAUACUCAGAGCCCCAUGAUUCAGCAGUCUCAGGCUAAUCCUGCCUAUCAGUCCUCUACGGAGAUGAACGGGUGGGCACAAGGGAAUAUGGGUGGAAACAGCAUGUUUUCACAACAGUCCCCACCACAUUUUGGGCAGCAAGCAAGCACCAGCAUGUACAAUAAUAACAUGAACAUCAGUGUAUCCAUGGCAACCAACACAAGUGGUAUGAACAACAUGAACCAGAUGACAGGGCAGAUCAGCAUGACCUCAGCGACCUCUGUGCCUACAUCAGGGUUGUCCUCCAUGGGUCCUGAGCAGGUUAAUGAUCCUGCUAUGAGGGGAGGCAACCUUUUUCCAAACCAGCUGCCUGGAAUGGAUAUGAUAAAGCAGGACGGAGAUGCAACACGG